CCGGUACCAUUAACUUGCAUUCAUUCGAAUUCAUUCAUCACUCUCCUUAAAUCCAUCGCAUAACAUGUCGAACAUCACCGGGGGAUUGGUUAGUAUUAAUACAAGUAUUCGAGAGGCUUGACUGGCUUCCGAGUCGAUCGCCACCAUCACCGUUGCCGCGAGGCAAAAUGAAAUAAAUCCUGUGUCGAUUCUGGCAAAUCACCGGUCCACUGCCAUGAGUCCAUCAUGAUUCAUGAUGUUCCAUAUACGCUCAGGAGCUACUAUGGUCAUCAGGCGAGAAUAACAUACUUACCUGUGUAUUCAUAAUGUGUUGGGCGUCCCGUCUCUGUCUCUCCUCAUGGCAGCUUCCUCCAUACCGACAGAACAAACUUGGGAUCCAAACAGUCUUCUUGUAUACGACGCACUCCCUCAUCGCCAGGACUUUAACUCGUUGAUACAUGAUGCGCAGUCCACUGUUGAGUCUAGAACCGAUUUCUACGACCGCAGUCUAACGAGUCGCAAAUAUGCCCUCGUUGGAGUGGCGUGCUCAAGUAUCUUCAGCUGCUCAUGCAUCGUUACAGGUAUUGUCACUUUAGCCCAUCAUGGAGUUUCGGGAGUAACCGUGACCGACAUGGUCUUCAUUGAGCCUAUCAAUGCAAUGAUCCCGAUAACUCAGUUUGACCUCAGGCAGAGGGAGAUACUGACCCUGAUACUAAACUUGAUCGUCACACUAUGCACCGAGUCCAUAGGUUUCGUACACGGCAUCUCAUUGCGCUCUGCCUUAACCUCAGAGUCUCGACUUCAUUUCAAUACCAAUCUCCGUCUUCUGACUGCAGCUCGUGGAUGGUAUAACCCCAAUGGUGCCCUGCUUAAUGGUAUCAUGACCGUCCUCCUCAUUGUAUCCUACACCUCAUCCUCAAUUGUCCUAUGUUACAACACCGACUUCGGGUCGUACAGCUCGGAUGUAACGGAGUCUAUCGCCAUCGCAGGGUUACCUCUCCUCAGUUUGGGUGUCGCACUCCUUCUUCAGGUGGUGAUUACAUUGUCAGGGAUGCGGGCUGUCAAAAUCUUGACAUGGAGCUCCUCGCCUUUUGACUUGACCGCCGCACUGGUCCACCAUGCGCAACUGACCCCGGUUACUUACCGGUGCAUGCGUUGUGUGUCUGACCGGGACGUGGAUGGAGGUCCAGCGAAGCCGUCAGUGACACAGCCCUCGGCGUGGCAUGCUCAUCCCAGCAUCCGAAAAGUCGUCAUAUCUCUUUGGGGGAUUGUUAUAGGAUACGCAGGAUGGGCCGCACUCAUCAUGUACAUCUGGGACAAGUACCCCAGCACUAGAAUGUCAACAAACCCUCCGCUGCCAACGUGGUCGUUCUUUCCCAACAGGAAUCCCAGUUCUAUCGCGUAUAUUAUUCCGGACUUCAAUAUGCAGGGGUGGAUCCUGAUUUACGUCAACCUGGCAAUUGUCCAGGCACCAUUGACACUUGGGCUGCAUUGCUCGGAGCUCAUCGCGAAUGUUAUCCAAGAUGAAAGACAGUGGAGAUGCGCUACUAGAAAGCAAGGGAUUCGAGUGGCGACGAACCCGCUAAAGUCAACUUUCACUCAUGUAGUGUGUCUCGUACUUUUCCUCGCGAAGCCUUUCCUGCACUGGAUGUUUGGGCUUUCGUUCUUUGUAGAUGGCUUGGCCGGUGACGAGACGGUAGAAAAGUUUGUUUUAGGCAUGUACGUUGCCCAGAUCUGGAACUUAUGCAUAGCGCUCUUUCUAAUUGCCUGUUUCUUUACCCUCUUCUCACUACGCCGGCCACGCGGCCCCCAGCCAGCCACAUAUGGGCAUAUCCAAACGCUCGCCAACCUCGUGGAUGAGUGGUCGCCCGUGAUGUGGUGGGGCCACAAGCAGGACCAAAUCCCGUAUUGUCAUGCCGGUAGGGAAACGAGCGAUCAUCCACUGCCGGAUGUGAAGAUGGACUGUGUUUAUGCUGGUUUCGGUAUCGAGUCCCCCGCAUCUGUCUCGUCACUCUCGUGA